AUGCCUAUCUUAAAUCAGAAGAGACUUCAAUCAAGUCCGGAUAAUAUCAUGUCUGUGGGUUAUAAUGCAAAUCUUUUUAACUCACUGAAACCAGUUCCUCGAGUCACCAGUUGCCAUCACUGUGGGUUGCAUGGAUCCAGGAGGUGCUCUCAAUGCAGACAGACCUACUACUGUUCAUUGGAGUGCCAGAAAAAAGACUGGCCCACACACUCUAUAAUCUGCAGACCGGCUUCACAGAUGGAACAGAAUGCUAGCACAUCUCCCAGCAGUUCAGGAGAGAGAGCUAAACAACCAAAGUUGUUCCUGCAAAAAUCGUUUUUAAGGGCAGGUAGGAGCCACAGCAGAGGUAUUGUCCUGGAAUUUUCUAGCCCAAGUAAUUUCUUUGUGCAGGUUCUAAGUACUAAAUCCGUUGAAUCUCUUCAUAAAUUAAUGGUAUCACUAAGCAGUGUGUAUAAAAACUCACAGAACCUGAUGAAAAAUUAUGAGCCUGCAAUAGGGGAAGUCUGCGUUGCUAAAUACUCUCAGGACAAGAAUUGGUACAGGGUAUUGGUACAGAGUAUUGACAAUCUGUUGAAGACGGCACAGGUGAUUUAUCUUGACUUUGGAAAUCAAGAGACUGUAAAGUUUGAUGAUUUGCAACAAAUGCACAAAGAAAUUGAACUUUGUCCACCUAUUGGAAUAAAGUGCUACUUGGCCAAUGUCAUUGCGCCUACAUGCGGUUGGACACCAGAAUGUCUUAUAGAGAUCAGGAGGAUGCUCCUUGGACAGAAAAUUUCCUUCACAAUAAUUCAAGUAGAACAAGAGUAUUUUCCCUGUUAUGCUAUUGACAUUGUUAUACCAGAUUCAGGAAUAAACUUGAAAAAAUGGCUUCUGGAAAAGGGCUAUGCAAUAAAUAAAAAUACAAAAAGCAAAGGGAAUAAUGAAAGUAAGGUGAAAAACGAAAAUCAAGAUAUUGUUAAAAAAGUAGACAAGGAUAAUAAAGUCUUAAAUGAAAAUUGUGAGCAGCUUAGUGACACAAUACCACCACCGCUAAAGAACAAACAAUGGAAAGCUAUUGAUAUCUCAGUAGGAGAUGUGUUUAUGGCUGUAGUUACUGAGAUUCAGUCCCCGGGAUACUUUUUUUGCCAGCAAGUAAAAAACUCAGACCAGCUUACAAAGCUCCUGGAAUCAAUGAAUGAGCAUUACAAGAAAAUGCCUGCUGUUUCAACUUUUUUCCCGACUGCAGGAGACGUUUGCAGUGCUCAGUUUUCUGUGGACAACCAGUGGUAUAGAGUCAGUGUUUUGGAGUAUGUGUCUAAGGAAUCUGUGUUGAUUGGAUAUAUAGAUUUUGGUAAUCUGGAAGUCCUUCCUGUUUCCAAACUACGUCCAAUGCUACCAAGUAUGGAGUCUCUCCCUAUACAAGCCAUAAAGUGUUCUUUAGCAGGUGUGAAUCCGGUCUUAGAUACAUGGACCAUGGAAGCCACUACUUUGUUUAAGUCACUUGUUAUGAACAAAAUUCUCACGGUUAGCGUUGUGAAUAAGAAUACGGAGUCUGCGUUGGUAGACCUACGUGAUGUGUCUGUAGAACCAGAGCUAGUCAUCUCCAGAUGCCUUGUUGAAUCAAAGGUGGCCAGUCCAAGAGAGGCUACAGAAAAUAAAUGUUGCAGAGAAGAGGAAAGUUCCACAAAAGCUGAUGAUAAAGAUUCUUUUCCUUUAAAAUGGGUUGAGCUUCCAGUUGGUCGUGCUGUUGAUGUUACAAUAUGCAUGCUGUGUAGUCCUGGAGAAUUUUACUGUCAGCGCUGCACAGAAGCAGAUUUUAAAUUGCUUCAUGAACUGAACAUCUCACUGGUAAAGUAUUGUCAGCAACUUAAAUCCAGAGAUUAUAUUCCCAAAAAAGGAGAUGUUUGCUGUGCAUUUUUCGCAGGGGAUGGGAACUGGUAUAGAGCGUUGGUGGCAGAUAUUGUUCAGAAUGGGACUGUUAAAGUUCACUUUUUGGAUUAUGGAAACUUUGAAGACGUGACUGUGGACAAGUUGCAUGCAAUCCCCUCCAAAUUUCUGGAACUCCCGUUUCAAAUGAUUAAAUGCUGUUUAGCUGGUGUAAAGCCUGUUGGUGAAAAAUGGGACAGAGAAUCUACCCAAAGAUUUCAGGAGUGUGUUGCAGGGAUACAGCUGCAGGCUCGUGCUAUUAGCAAGGGUGAAAAUGGCUUUAGUGUGGUGCUAAUUGCAGGCAAUGCAGAGUCUCCAAGAGAUAUUAGCGAUAUUUUAAUUGCUCAAAAGGUAGCUAUAAGAGACAAAACUAAAGAGGAGGAGAGUGAGGUGGUUACCGGCCACUUACCAGUGCAGAAGUUCUCAAACAGGGUUUGCAACUCACCUAAAGCAGAUGAAGUAGAAAAACUGAAAAGACAAGAGAAAACAGAGAUAUUAGUGCCUAAAGAAGUGAUGCUAGAAAACCCUUUACCUCUAAAAGAGCCAUUAGAAGAUGGCAGGCAUACAGUGGGCAAAGCCACCUUAUCAACCAAAACACAAGAGACCACAGACAUUCCAGUUGAAAAAGGGGUGCUCACCGUAAUGUCUGUGCCUCAAAACGAGCAAGUGAUGAUUGCAGCUAAAGAGGAUUUGUCAGGUGACCCAAACGCUGAUUAUCCUUCCCUGGAAGAUGGCUUGUUACCUUCGGAGGUUACGGCACGGUUCUGCAUGACCAUAUCCUUGGCGCUGGCGCGUUUACAUCUCCCUGGAGUGCGUUUACGAUAUUGUCCAUGCUCUGUUAACCAGGGCUCGUCAGGUGUGGGAUCGCCUGGUCCAAUUCAGCCUUCUGGAGGAUCGACUGCCCCUGAGGCUUCAGGGGGGCAACCUUCGGGGCCAGGUUCCUCAUUUGCCCUGGCGGAAGGGGGGACUUGUGUGGCCAUUGACAGUUCUGGGUGCCCUUUGCUUCAGGCUGGUCCUGACUGGAUCUUCCGCCAGGGCUUGGGCUUUUAUGAUGCUGUUGGACUGGUUUGGGACGACCCAGUGUUGUCAGUGGGGGACUGUUUGCCCUUACGGGCAGAAUGUGCUUCCUUUUUUGGUGACAGAGUUUUCUCCAACAUAGAUACCUCUGUGGCUCAUCAGUGGAUUUCUAUUGAACUACCACUAAAUGAAGCAAUACAGUGUCGUGUACUGAAAGUUUUUAGUCCGGACCUGUUUUUUGCGUUUCCUAUAGAAAACAGGGUGGAUGUUGGAAGACUUCAGCAGGUAAUGUUGCAAAUAGCGGAGUACAGCAGUGCUGAAAUGAACAAGGAGUCUCUUAAACUGUCCAUUGGAGGUGCAUGCUGUGCCAGAUUUACAGAGGAUGGUCAGUGGUACAGAGCUGUGAUACUGGACAUUUCUGAAUCUGUAGUCCAAGUUGCAUAUGCUGAUUAUGGAAAUGUUGAAAGUCUUCCUGUUUCCAGUCUUAUUCCAAUAAAGGCAAGUUUUCUGCAGCCUCCUGUACCAAUUAUAAGGUGUGGACUUUCAGGUGUAACUCCAGUUUCCAAUCAGUGGUCUGAAUCAGCUACAGACGUUCUGAUGUCUCUGCUGCUAGGGUGUGAUGUGGCUGUCAUGUCAAAGUCACUAAAUAAUGGUACCCAUAUUGUGUCUGUGGAAAAGCUGACCGAAAAUGGUGUUAUGCACAUACAUGAAAAACUGGUCAGUGAACAGCUAGCUGAGCCAACCAAAUCCAGAACCAAAGGCAAUCCUUGCAAAGAUAAAGGUCAUUGCUGCUGCCAAGACCUCAAAACACGAGUUGAGAAACUAGAACAGAUUCUGUUGCACAUCCUGAACCAGCAGAAAGCCAGCGAAUCACAUAACUAAGAGUUGUAGUGGUUGCUCAAAAAAAACCUCCUCCGAUAUCAUAACAGUUAAAAAGAAAACAAAAU